GUUCUCUGGAGAGGGGCGGGGCGGCAUCUCCCGGAAGUGCCGUGCGCAGGGCCGCCUGGGAAGGCGGUGCCGGCUGCGCGUGCGCGCUGGGCUUCUGCGUGCGGGAAGAUGGUGCUGAUCAAGGAAUUCCGAGUGGUCCUGCCGUGCUCUGUGCAAGAGUAUCAAGUUGGGCAGCUCUACUCUGUGGCCGAAGCCAGCAAGAACGAGACGGGGGGCGGCGAAGGGAUCCAGGUCUUGAAGAACGAGCCUUACGAGAAGGAUGGCGAGAAGGGGCAGUACACCCACAAGAUCUACCACUUGAAGAGCAAAGUUCCAGGCUUCGUGCGGAUGAUCGCUCCGGAGGGCUCGCUGGUGUUUCACGAAAAGGCCUGGAACGCCUAUCCCUACUGCAGGACGGUCGUCACGAACGAAUAUAUGAAAGACGACUUCUUUAUCAAAAUUGAGACUUGGCAUAAGCCGGACUUGGGGACCUCGGAAAACGUGCACGACUUGGAUCCCAACACGUGGAAGGGGGUCGAAGUUGUCCACAUUGACAUUGCAGACCGCAGCCAGGUGGAGCCAGGGGACUACAAAGGGGAUGAGGAUCCGGCAUUGUUUCAGUCAGUCAAGACCAAGAGGGGCCCUUUGGGGACGCACUGGAAGAAGGAGCUGGCGGCUGAUGAAGACUGCCCGAAAAUGUGUGCCUACAAGCUGGUGACAAUCAAGUUUAAGUGGUGGGGGUUGCAGAACAAAGUAGAGAACUUUAUCCAGAAGCAAGAAAAGAGGAUAUUCACCAACUUCCACCGCCAGCUCUUCUGCUGGAUUGACAAGUGGAUUGACCUCACCAUGGAGGACAUCCGCCGGAUGGAGGACGAAACGCAGAGAGAGUUGGAAGCAAUGCGUAAGAAGGGUUCCGUUCGAGGUACAUUGGCCGCCGACGUCUAGAGGAAUCCUCUGUAGGGUCAGAGGCAAAAUCAAGCUGUCUGCGUAACCAAGGCCAAGUGAGAGGAACAAGCGCUGCCAACGACGAAUGAGGACGACCUGCCCAGCCGCCAGCCGCACACUUGGCAUGCCGAUCCACCGGGUGUGUGUGUGGGUGGAUGCACAAUGCCUUGCACCGACCGUUGUGCAUGCACGGACACACACGCACCAGGAUGCGCGCUUGUACCGAGGGGCUGCUACCAUGUCUCCAGGGUACUGAAUCUCUUCGGGAAAGGAAACUGCUUUCAUUAUGUAGACCUAAAAGAAAUAAAGCCACCACCUGUCAUUUCAGGAAAGAAUAAACUGUUGAAUUAUGUUAA